ACCAAAUAAAUAAUUGCACUGUAUACAAUAUACAUAAUUCAUAAACACGAAAGCCAACGUACUUUUACUACGCAUUUGCAAUCGCUAUUCCGAUUCUCUAUUCCGAUUUUGAUUGCAUUUUCAAUUUUUUUUUUAAUUUCACAAAAUUCAUGAAAUAAAAAAAAAAAACACACAGACACACACUAAAUAAGAGAGAAGAACACCAUGAUUUCUUCAGACAGAAACAUGGCGAGCGCUGUCGGCGGGAAAUCGGUUCGGGCUUGCGACAACUGCGUCAGAAAAAGGGCGCGGUGGUACUGCGCCGCCGACGACGCCUUCCUCUGCCAGUCUUGCGAUUCGUCGGUCCACUCCGCCAACCCGCUGGCCCGCCGCCACGAGAGGGUUCGCCUCAAAACGACGUCGUUCAAAUCAUCGCUCGACGGUAGCAGCGAUCAACUCCCCCAAAUCCAAAUACCCCCGCCCACGUGGCACCAGGGUUUCACCCGGAAGGCUCGAACUCCGAGGCAGAAAAAGAAUAAUUCCAACAAACAGCGAUCGUCGUUCGGCCACCUCGUGCCGGAGAUUUGCAGCGAGGCUGAUAAUUCCAACGAGGAGGAAGAAGAAGAAGAAAACGAGGAGCAGCUUCUUUAUCGGGUUCCGAUUUUCGAUCCGUUCGUCGCCGAAUUGUGCACUCCUUUCAAUAACAAUAACAACAACAAUAAUAACAAUAAUAAUAAUAUUCACAACGGAACGGAAACAUGCGAAUCGAAGGGUGAAUUGGUAAUUUCCGACGGCGGUUUCGGCGAAGAAAUGAACCAUCUGCAAGGGUUUCUUCCAUCGGAAAUGGACCUUGCUGAGUUUGCGGCCGAUGUCGAGAGCUUAUUGGGGAAAGGGCUCGAAGACGAGUCGUUCGAUAUGGAAGGGCUAGGGCUUUUGGAUUGCGACGAUGAGAGAGAGAAAUUGAAAUGGGCUAAUUUGGUGAGUGAGAGAGUGAAAGUUGAAGAUGACGAUGAGGAGUGUAACAAUGGGGAGUUUAUCGAUAUUGGGAGGGAGACUUUUGAGCUCAAUUUCGAUUACAAUUCCCCGAUUACCGGUGAAGACGAAGAAGAAGAGGAGGAAGAUAAUAAAAUUGAAAAUGUGGAGCCAAUUGCGAUGAACAAUUUUGAAGAUUCCAAUAGUAAAAUGUUCGAUUCGAAGAAGAUUUUCCUGAGGCUCGAUUACGAUGGUGUUUUGUCGUCUUGGGAUGAGCGGAAGUCGCCGUGGACAACCGGAGAACGGCCGGAUUUGGAUUCCGAUGAAUGCUGGCCUGAUUGCUCGGGGACAUGUGGAAAAAUGCAUGUAUAUGGGAAUCAUCAUCAUGACAUGGGCAUGAUGAUGAUGAUGAUGGGCGGAGGCGGCACACAUAGCGGGGCAGUGGUGGCGUCGGUGGACGGAGGGAGGCAGGCGAGGGUGUCGAGGUAUAGAGAAAAACGGAGAACGAGGUUGUUUUCGAAGAAGAUAAGAUACGAGGUUCGGAAAUUGAAUGCGGAGAAGAGGCCCAGGAUGAAAGGGAGGUUUGUCAAGAGAGCUAAUUUUGUUGCACAGGCUUUUGCUUUGCUCAAUAAAUAGGGCAUGCAGGCAGUUAAUAUAUAUGUAUUAUAUAUUUUUUUUAAAUGCCAAUUACGUCAGAGUUAACUAUAAAGUUGACUGAAAAGGAAUGAAUGCACUGUAACGAUUUUGUACUUUGAAGAAGUUGUAGUAACUCAAGUUAUUACAUGAGCACGUAAUUUGUUUGAGUAUAUAAUUAUUUGGCUGUACGGAAAUUCUUUCUAUUGCUGC